AUGGAUAUUGAAAAAUCCUUGCCCGAUGCCUUCACGGAAUCGACUAAGCACAUGCCCGCUGACUUCAGUGCCGGACAAAGUCUCGAGGCCAAUGAUGAGCCAGAAAUUUCCCAACAGCAAUAUGGGAUAUGGAGUCUCCUCGGCAUGGGAUAUUCUGUCAGCAACACAGCUAUGAGCCUAACAGCAUCUCUCAUCACAGGGAUUGGGAGUGGAGGAGUAGUUGUUUUUACCUGGGGUCAAAUCAUGAUCUUUGCGUUCUCCAUUUGCGUAGCCUGCUCCCUUGCGGAAUUGGCAUCAGCAUUCCCACAUCCUGGGGGGCAAUACUACUGGGCUUCCCAACUUGCACCAAAAUCGAUUAGACGAGGAAUUUCAUACCUGGUUGGCUUACUCAGCUGGGCUGGAGUCGUUGUCACUUGUGCUUCGGGGACUUUGGCAAUCCCGCAAAUGAUUACGAUUUUGGUCAUAGCAUGCACAAAUAUAGUGGAAUCCUGGCUACUGAAGUUCAGUCUAUUCAAUAUGUGGUGGUCGGUCGUUAGUAUCGUGAUCAUUCUUAUAUCGGGUUUGGCCGCUUCGCCCACGGAACAAUCAGGUUCCUUCGUCUUCACUGAGUUCAUCAACACCUCUGGGUGGGAGAAAGGCAUCGCAUUCCUCACCGGCAUGUUAGGCUCAAAUUGGUGA